CUCUCCCUUCUACACAUACCACAUUAUCCUUCACUGGAAGGAAGGAAAGAGAACAUGGCAGCAACUACCACCAUCACUGUCCCCCAUCUGGGUGGCAUCGACGUCGGCUACCGCCUCAGCAACACCUACGACCCCGCCAAGCCGACCGUAGUUCUCAUCAACUCCAUGUGCAUGACUGUUGCGCUCUACGAGCCCCAAUUUAACGACGAGACUCUCACUAACGCGGCAAAUCUCCUCGCUAUUGAACCUCUCGGUCAUGGUGCCACGCACUGCCAUAUCGCGGAGCACUUUACUUACUGGGAUACGGCCAUCAUGGCCCUGCAGGUGAUGGAUAAGCUGGGUAUUGAGAAGGCGUUCACUCUGGGAACCAGCCAGGGUGGGUGGAUUGUUAUGCGAAUGGCGCUGUUGGCGCCGGAGAGGAUCCUCGGCGUCCUCCCUCUCGGCACAUCCAUGGACUACGAGUCCUCCGAUUCCAGAACCAAGGGCUGCUGGGAUCCCGUAACGCUACUGACCCCAUUCCUGGAGAAAUGGAGCAGUGCGACACCCACCCCCGAUUUUGUGGUGGAUGAUGUGUGGUGCGGCAUGGUCGGGGGCAUUGGCUUCGGAAAGGGCGCGACAGAAGAGACGGUCGGAUUCUGGAAAGAUGUCCUGAAGGAAGUUUACAAGGGCGAUGAAGGACGGAAGAAGGUGCGCAUGGCACUGAUGUGUCUGUUGACGAGGGAUGGGUUGGUUUUGAGGCUGGGGGAUGUGCAGUGUCCGGUUUAUUGGCUGCAGGGCACGGAAGAUACCCCUUUCCAGACAACGGUGGCAAGCGAGCAGAUCUCGAAGUUCACCAGGUCCAAGGAGGCGAAAUUGGUGCUGGUGCAGGAAGGAGCGCAUUAUCUGAAUGCGACGAACCCGCGGGAAGUCAAUGCGGCGGUGUUGGAGAUGGUUCAGAAAUAUGGGGCGUAAGCGCGAUUCAACCUUAUCAACCCCCGUACUAGGUAGGACUCUGUAGAUCAGAGCUAUAUGUAUAUACGAG